CGGAGGGCAUAGGUAUCACAUCUUCACCUGGGAUCCUGCUAAGAACAUCCUAAGUGCAAGUGGUCCCUCUGUGACACCUGAGACUAAAACUACACAAGAUCAAAGAACUGAGCAUCCUUUUGCUUCUUCACCCGAAUUCCCUGACCGUUGGAAGUGCAGAAAAAAAAAGCCAUGGACAACAGACUAGUCCUCCUCACUGCCCUGCUGGUGAUGAUGUCCUGGAUGUCUGUGGGCACCUACGCUCAAAGUGCUGGAACAGCUGCAACCAAUGGAACAGCUGCAACAAAUGGAACAGCUGCAACAAAUGGAACAGCUGCAACCAAUGGAACAGCUGCAACCAAUGGAACAGCUGCAACCAAUGGAACAGCUGCAACCAAUGGAACAGCUGCAACCAAUGGAACUGCUACAACCAAUGGAACUGCUACAACCAAUGGAACAGCUGCAACCAAUGGCACAGCUGAAACCAAUGGAACAGCUACAACCAAUGGAACAGCUGCAACCAAUGGCACAGCUGCAACAAAUGGAACAGCUGCAACCAAUGGAACAGCUACAACCAAUGGAACAGCUGCAACCAAUGGAACAGCUGCAACCAAUGGAACAGCUACAACCAAUGGAACAGCUACAACCAAUGGAACAGCUACAACCAAUGGAACGGCUGCAACAAAUGGAACGGCUGCAACAAAUGGAACAGCUCUAACCAAUGGAACUGCUACAACCAAUGGAACAGCUGCAACCAAUGGAACUGCCCCAGCAAUAACGCCUAACACAACAGUGACAGAACUUAUAACAGCUAUCAACAGGGCAGACUGCGGGAUUGGGCAGCUCUGUGCCUCUGAGCCCUCGGACUGCGACCCCUCAACAAGUUCAUCAUGUUUCUUUCUGUCUGCCAAGCAGAGCAGCGGCAGAAACUUUGACAUUGGGCUUUCAGGAGAGUCCGAUGGCUAUCUUGCUGCCACCCUGUCACUCGACAGCGAGCUGGGAGGUGAUGACACAACCUACGUGUGUGCAAACAAAAAUGGUGUUGUUAAAUUAUUUGGAGCUGUCCUCAACAAUGGCAAGCUGACUCUGAGAGAUCUUCCUGUGGAUUCCGUGAAGGGCAAAAUCACUGGAAAAAAAAUCCAGUGCUCAUUUUCCGCCACUGUACCGGCCCAGAUUACUAGAGUAGCCCAGUUUGCAAUCGCAAUCUCCACAGGAACUUUCAACAGCUCUACUGGUGCUCUUGGGGACCCCAGCACCCAAUUAAAAAGUCCUCUUGUAGACCUGGCAAAUCCUAACACCACUGUCACCAAUGGAACAGCUCUAACCAAUGGAACAACUGCAACAAAUGGAACAGCCCCACCAAUAACGCCUAACACAACAGUGACAGAACUUAUAACAGCUAUCAACAGGGCAGACUGCGGGAUUGGACAGCUCUGUGCUGCUGAGCCCUCGGACUGCGACCCUUCAACAAGUUCAUCAUGUUUCUUUCUGUCUGCCAAGCAGAGCAGCGGCAGAAACUUUGACUUUGGGCUUUCAGGAGAGUCCGAUGGCUAUCUUGCUGCCACCCUGUCACUCGACAACAUACUGGGAGGUGAUGACACAACCUACGUGUGUGCAAACAAAAAUGGUGUUGUUCAAUUCUUUGGAGCUGUCCUCAACAAUGGCAAGCUGACUCUGAGAGAUCUUCCUGUGGAUUCCGUGAAGGGCAAAAUCACUGGGAAAAAAAUCCAGUGCUCAUUUUCCGCCACUGUACCGGCCCAGAUUACUAGAGUAGCCCAGCAUGCAAUCGCAAUCUCCACAGGAACUUUCAACAGCUCUACUGGUGCUCUUGGGGACCCCAGCACCCAAUUAAAAAGUCCUCUUGUAGACCUGGCAAAUCCUAACACCACUGUCACCAAUGGAACAGCUCUAACCAAUGGAACAGCUACAACCAAUGGAACAACUGCAACAAAUGGAACAGCCCCACCAAUAACGCCUAACACAACAGUGACAGAACUUAUAACAGUUAUCAACAGGGCAGACUGCGGGACUGGGCAGCUCUGUGCCGCUGAGCCCUCGGACUGCGACCCUUCAACAAGUUCAUCAUGUUUCUUUCUGUCUGCCAAGCAGAGCAGCGGCAGAAACUUUGACUUUGGGCUUUCAGGAGAGUCCGAUGGCUAUCUUGCUGCCACCCUGUCACUCGACAACAUACUGGGAGGUAAUGACACAACCUACGUGUGUGCAAACAAAAAUGGUGUUGUUCAAUUAUUUGGAACUGUCCUCAACAAUGGCAAGCUGACUCUGAGAGAUCUUCCUGUGGAUUCCGUGAAGGGCAAAAUCACUGGAAAAAAAAUCCAGUGCUCAUUUUCCGCCACUGUACCGGCCCAGAUUACUAGAGUAGACCAGUUUGCAAUCGCAAUCUCCACAGGAACUUUCAACAGCUCUACUGGUGCUCUUGGGGACCCCAGCACCCAAUUAAAAAGUCCUCUUGUAGACCUGGCAAAUCCUAACACCACUGUCACCAAUGGAACAGCUCUAACCAAUGGAACUGCUACAACCAAUGGAACUGCUACAACUAAUGGAACAGCUGCAACCAAUGCAACUGCUACAACCAAUGGAACAACUGCAACCAAUGGAACUGCUGCAACCAAUGGAACUGCUACAACCAAUGGAACAGCUGCAACCAAUGGAACUGCUGCAACCAAUGGAACUGCUGAAACAAAUGGAACAGCCCCAGCAAUAACGCCUAACACAACAGUGACAGAACUUAUGACAGCUAUCAACAGGGCAGACUGCGGGAUUGGGCAGCUCUGUGCCGCUGAGCCCUCGGACUGCGACCCCUCAACAAAUUCAUCAUGUUUCUUUCUGUCUGCCAAGCAGAGCAGCGGCAGAAACUUUGACUUUGGGCUUUCAGGAGAGUCCGAUGGCUAUCUUGCUGCCACCCUGUCACUCGACAACAUACUGGGAGGUAAUGACACAACCUACGUGUGUGCAAACAAAAAUGGUGUUGUUCAAUUCUUUGGAGCUGUCCUCAACAAUGGCAAGCUGACUCUGAGAGAUCUUCCUGUGGAUUCCGUGAAGGGCAAAAUCAAUGAAAAAAAAAUCCAGUGCUCAUUUUCCGCCACUGUACCGGCCCAGAUUACUAGAGUAGACCAGUUUGCAAUCGCAAUCUCCAAAGGAACUUUCAACAGCUCUACUGGUGCUCUUGGGGACCCCAGCACCCAAUUAAAAAGUCCUCUUGUAGACCUGGCAAAUCCUAAUACCACUGUCACCAAUGGAACAGCUGCAACCAAUGGAACUGCUGCAACCAAUGGAACUGCUACAACUAAUGGAACAGCUGCAACCAAUGCAACUGCUACAACCAAUGGAACAGCUGCAACCAAUGGAACUGCUGCAACAAAUGGAACAACUGCGCCAGCAAUAACGCCUAACACAACAGUGACAGAACUUUUGACAGCUAUCAACAGGGCAGACUGCGGGACUGGGCAGCUCUGUGCCGCUGAGCCCUCGGACUGCGACCCCUCAACAAGUUCAUCAUGUUUCUUUCUGUCUGCCAAGCAGAGCAGCGGCAGAAACUUUGACUUUGGGCUUUCAGGAGAGUCUGAUGGCUAUCUUGCUGCCACCCUGUCACUCGACAACAUACUGGGAGGUAAUGACACAACCUACGUGUGUGCAAACAAAAAUGGUGUUGUUCAAUUCUUUGGAGCUGUCCUCAACAAUGGCAAGCUGACUCUGAAAGAUCUUCCUGUGGAUUCCGUGAAGGGCAAAAUCAAUGAAAAAAAAAUCCAGUGCUCAUUUUCCGCCACUGUACCGGCCCAGAUUACUAGAGUAGACCAGUUUGCAAUCGCAAUCUCCACAGGAACUUUCAACAGCUCUACUGGUGCUCUUGGGGACCCCAGCACCCAAUUAAAAAGUCCUCUUGUAGACCUGGCAAAUCCUAACACCACUGUCACCAAUGAGCUUGCCACCAACACUGGUAGCCAUGCCAUUACAAUCCAGCAAUCUCUGACCCAAGCUCUGCUGUUCACUGUUGGUGUGCUUGGUCUGACCGUGCUAUGAAGAAACUGACAACUCUGAAAGUCAAGACAAGACCAUAACUAAAUUAUUCGUCUUAGUGUGCUACUGGAUAUAAUCAUCUCUCAGGAGGUUGACUUUAAACAGUGCAUCCUUCCCAGAUUAUUAAAAUUAUGCUUCAUUAUGUUUCAAUUUACUGGCAGGCGAGGGUAGGAAUGGUGGAGGUCGGUCAAUCUUCCAAAGCCUUCUAACUGCUUUCACAUCUGUGUAGGCUCUGAAACAAAACAUGUCAAUUCAUUGUUAGUUUAAUGUGUAAUCAAUUUUUAAUGUAUUGUUUUAACCAUAGGAGUGCUGGAUUUCCUUCAUACAUGUAAACCUUAUUGAAAACAAAUAUAUUGACUCUCUGCCUGGAAUGAAAAUCAGUCUUUGAAUGAUUUGAAUGGGUACAGAUGUGAAUAGAUAUAACAAUUAAUUACAAUUAAUGUGUUUCUGAUGACGUACACAAAAAAGCCAUGUUGUUCUUCUUCUGUCACUCAUUAUAUCAGCAAAUGGCAGACACGUGUUGAUUAAUAUUAUUGUUGUUAUUUUAUUUUCUGUGAAUGUACAUAUCGUUAAGGAUUCAAGUGGAAUUUGAACAUUGUAUCAUGUAACAAUUGACGUUGAUGUUUUAAUCGUAUUUUUGGAAAUAAAUAUUCAAUGAAAGCUGAAAUGUUAUUUAGUCAACCAAGGUAUUAAAACUUUUUUUUUAAAUACACUAAGAAGAGAAUAGCAGCUGAUUUAGAAGCAGUUAAAGAGAUAUAACCAUUAUUAAAGAACUGACCACUUUAAUAAAUGUUCAACAAUUUGC